CCCGAGAGCCUUUCAUUUCACAAUUCAGAGGCAAGAGACAUGCGUAACAAUUUUGCCAUAAUUAUCGCCAAACUCCUUUAUCAAAUGCUCACAACUCCACAACCAAGCAAAGGUCACACUAGCCUAACGACCUGCAACCACCUCAGCCACACCCGCUGGAGAACAAAAGGGAAGCAAUAAAAAGGCUGUUCUUGUAUGUAUUGUAAAGCAAUCAGGGAAGACACCCCACAAACCCCACAGCCCAAAGGCACAAGUAAAUAAAUAACCUCUAAUUUACACCACCAUUCAUUAUUCAGCGGGACGAACACUGAACACACACCAGCAGAGGAUCACUUAGGGACGCACGCCGUUCCGUCAUUUGGUCUGAGGCGAUAGGCGGCGCAGGUGGCGGCGGAGGCAACUCGCGUCUCCAUGACUCAGCUCAGUCCUGUGAUCAGGGUGGCCGCCGAGGAGUGGGUGCCCUACACCACGCUCCUCCACCACAACGGUACACUGGACGUCAAAGGGCCCAUGAAAUACUUCCUGGAUGAGUUUUCUCGCGUUCUGGGAGCGAGUUACGAGAUCCUGCGUCCCUCUGAUGGAAUGUGGGGGAUCAUGCUGCCCAACGGCUCCUACAACGGCAUGGUGGGGAUGCUCCUGAGGGAGGAGGCAGACUUCGCCUUGGGUCCAUUCUUCAUCGGUGAAUCGAGGGAGAAAGUGGCAGAUUUCACCGCCACCUUUUACUACGACUCCUAUUACAUCGUGUCGCAGCGGCCCGUCGCCUCCAGUGACCCUACCGGGAUUAUCAAGACCUUCCAGCCUCAGGUUUGGCUGCUGGUGGCGGUGUGCAUGGCAGUGGUGGGUGUGGUCAUGAUGGGCAUGAUAUGGCUCACUGAGAGGCUGCAGGGGAGUGGCGGCACGUCCCGUGUAUCGUGGGCGGCUAUGUGGAGCGUCCAGGGGCUGUUUCAGGAACCAACGUCGUGGCUGCCUGGAAACGCCAGUGGCCGGCUGAUGGUGACGGUGUGGGUCCUGUCCGCCCUGGUGAUCGCGUCUGUCUACCGGGGAAACAUCACCGCCAUGCUCACGCUACCCAAAAUCGAGGUGCCAAUUGACUCCAUAAACGACCUCACCAAUCAGAAUCGCCUGCCCUGGAAAUUAGAGCAUGGAGGGUUGGAAAAUUUUCUGCUGAAAUCCAAGGAUAAAGCGAUGCAGAAAAUGGGCGCAGAAUUUUCAGGCUUCAUCCCGAGCUGCUGGUCUGCACGCCACGAGAUCCAAACCGGGGAGUUCGCCACGGCCUGCGACAAGACCUCCACCAUGACCAUGAUGGCCUGGGACUUCAGGUGGGCGCUUCUCUCACAUCCUUACCACAAAUGAAGGACUGAAAAAUGAAUGAAAUAUUUAUUUUCUUCAUCC